UCCUCCCCCGCAGUCUCACCUCACUCUCCCCCCAAUACCAGCACAAGGUAAAUGCGCCAUGUCUGUCUCCCCCAGAGCAACUCUCUCUCCCUCUCUCUCUCAAUUUUCCUUCUCUCUCCCUAAAACCCAUAGGAAUACUCUAUACCCUGAACAGUGUUGGUUCAUACUCGAGCGUUUGCCCCGCACAAGGGUGGAGCCUAUUCCACACCAAGGCCACAGUACAACCCCCUUUUGGGUCCAUCACCGAUCUUGAAAAUCUACAACGAAAACGUGACACCCAAAGCUGGUACCAGUCGAGAUACUCAAGUGCCAGUGAUCGAAUCGCCAGACUAACCCGCACCUUACAAUUUUACUUUUUUACACAAAUUGUUUUUUAUAACCAAACGAUUCCACGAAUAGUUUGUAGUGCCAAAUCGUGACGUGCAGUGAACACAAAUUAAAUUAUUCUCUCAAUAAUCAUCAGCACAAAUUCGUGAUAAUAAAUGAAAUCCAUAAAUUAUUAAUCUCGUUAUUCAAAAAUAAUUCAUUAUUGUUUAUUGCUAUCAAUGGCACCGAUGAUUGAACGCCAUGGACGCACCUCGAAUGUCGUUCUCGCGAGUGAUCCAUACGUCGCGAGUUGGCGAUACAAACAAUCACUCCAAAGAAAAACAGUUCGUCUAGUCGAAGGUCACUGUGCCCAAUCAGACACCGUGGACCUAAAUUACAGCCACCACUUGGACCAUCAAAAUAAUAACAACAAUCCCCACGUGAGCAACAACAACGAGGAGCACUCGAUAAAUCCAAAUCAGCACAAUUGCAUUGGCAAUCCACCACAGGGCGGUGUAAUGAAGGAGAAGAGUAAAAAUGCUGCGCGUUCGAGACGCGAGAAAGAGAAUACAGAGUUCCAAGAGCUCGCUAAAUUACUACCACUUCCUGCAGCAACAACAUCGCAAUUGGACAAAGCAAGUGUCAUAAGAUUGACGACAAGUUACCUGAAGAUGCGAGCGGUAUUUCCAAACGGUUUAGGAACUGAAUGGGGAGCGCCGACGCCGGCGAUAAAUGAUCCUCGAGACGCAGCGAUAAAAGAAUUAGGAUCUUAUCUCCUCCAGACUCUGGACGGAUUCAUCUUCGUUGUAGCUCCAGACGGCAAGAUAAUGUACAUAAGUGAAACAGCGAGUGUUCAUCUGGGUCUAUCACAGGUUGAAUUAACCGGAAAUAGUAUUUUUGAGUAUAUUCAUCCAAUCGAUCAUAACGAGAUGCUCGAUGUUCUGAGUUUACCUCUUCCUGGCUCAGGUCGUGCCUUUCCACCUCCAAAUGCACGGGGUAAUAUCGAGCUCGAGCGUGCCUUUUUCCUCAGAAUGAAAUGCGUUCUGGCAAAGAGAAAUGCUGGAUUAGUAACAUCGGGAUGGAAAGUGAUUCACUGCUCUGGCUAUUUAAAAGUCAUAGCCCGUGGUCCUUCCUACGAGGAAUAUCAAACGAUCGGUCUAGUUGCCGUAGGUCACUCACUUCCACCCUCAGCAAUAACCGAAAUAAAGCUUCAUCACAAUAUGUUCAUGUUCCGUGCAUCACUGGAUCUCAAACUCAUAUUUCUCGAUGUCAGUGUGAAGGACCUCACGGGCUACGACCCCCAGGAUUUAAUCGAGAAAACACUGUACCAUUACGUGCACGGAUGUGAUAUUUGGCAUCUUCGAGAGUCACAUCAGAUAUUGUUAAUGAAGAGUCAAGUAACAACAAAAUACUACAGAUUCCUAACGAAGUCUGGAGGAUGGGUAUGGAUGCAAUCGUACGUGACAAUAGUAAACAAUUCCCGAAGUUCAAGACCACAAUGUAUAGUAUCAGUGAACUACGUACUAUCGGAUAAAGAGGCAGCGCACUUGGUUCUCAAUUCGGAGCAGAAGGCCUCAACAAUACCAGGAAAUCAGCCAUCAGCUCCAUUAUCAUCAAAUUGUGGUAUCUCCCGAGACAUGGGAGUUGAUGAAUCCCAAUGCAGUCCAAGUCCGCCAUAUCUCCAACGUGCCAGUGAACCCCAAGUAGUUGAUUUUGCUGAUACAUCAUACUCAAACACCGGUGAAUACAUGCCAGCACCAGCCCACAUGAAUCACUACCAGGCUAAUUACCCAACAGCCCAGAACACAGCACACCAGGGCUCUGGUCCAGGAGGUGGGCCAAAUAUCCACGAGGACACAGCAAAUUAUUACCCAUUAGAGCUUUUUUAUCAAUACGCUGCAAUGACACAAGACGGUCACGGUCAGCCUCACCUGUUGCACCACAACAAUCAGAAUCUCCAACAAUCCCAGUCUCAACAGCACCCAAACAGCCCCCAACAUCAUCACCAUCAGAAAAAACCCCCGUACUCAUCUCCAUCGAGUUCUUGUGGUAGUUACGAUGUCCCUGAGAGCUGUGCACAUUUAUCAAGUCCUCUGGCUAAUACCGGGCCGUAUCAUCCAAAUGUUCCCCACAAUAAUCACCUUCAUCAUUGCCAUCCAAUGCUGGAUGAUCACUCAUCACCACCUGAGCCCUACAAUGACUCGACCGUCGGUUACGUUCAUCCAAGCUGUGCAUUCAAUGACAACAACAACUCGUGCUUCGUUGGUAAUGGAACAAAUUCAUCAAUGCAAAACCAUCAUCCUCACAAUCCCCAUAAUCCCCACAAUCCACAUCAGACGUACUCACCGACAGCGGGAACGAGUCAUCAUCAUCACGAGCACAUACAGCACGUGGAUGGUCCAAUUUACACGAGUGUCAUCGUUGAAUCUCAGCAGUACAGCUCAAGUAGUGUUCCAAGUAUACAUCAGAGUGUUCAUGGCCAUCAGCAAGGUGUUAUUAAAGGGGAUUCACCUGGUGAUGCUGCCACAACUGUUACGACAGCCCCAGGCAAUUCUCCAACGACCAACAAUACAACUUUUACCCCAACAACCCUCACCACUUCUGUAACAACUUCAAAAUCUGAGCCUGUGUCACCAGUUUCAAAUGGCAGCAAGUGUGAUACACCCAUGAAUCUCAUUGGUAAAACACCAAUCUGUCAGGAUAGAAAUGAUUUCUCAAUGUACACCAAGUGCGAUGAUAAGAGUGUUCUUGAUCGUCAGGGUAUCACCAAGUAUUCAUUCAUCGCUGGAUUCUCGGGGACGUAAUCCAUUUAUUCAUUUUAUUGUAAUUGUCAUUAGAGUUUUUAUUAUAGAAAGGAGAAUGUAAGUUAGGAAUGACUAUUUCUCGCGCUGGCCGUGGGUGCUAGACAUCCGACGUUAUGAUCACGUCACUAAUUUUUAUUUGGUAAUAUUGGUUGGAGAUAAAUUAUGCUGUACAUAUGGAAUUCGGCUGUAUUUAUGUAAUUAAGUAUAAUAUAUUAUUUUUUUUUAUUUAUUUAAGCUUAUUUGUGAGUAUGAUUGAAUCCUUGAAUUGUGGUUUUCUCUUGAUUUCGAAUUAUAAACCCCCAAGACUGACGGAUCAACGAGUUUAAUGACCAAAGAGCCAUCGAUUCGCAAUUUUUCAUCACAGGGUCCAAAAAAAAAUAAUAGAAAAUCAACAUUUAUCUGUUUUUCAUUAAAAAACGAUAUUUAACUGAACAAUUUUCUCUGUACGUAAAUAGAAAUUAAUCUCAUUUAUAGAUGAAAAUAAAACAACAUUUGCAUGAGUUCAAUACAAUAAAUCAUCUACACUCUAUAUCCACAAUUGCGUAAAUCAAUGAAUACUUAGGUGAU